AUGCGUUUCCGAAUUUACUGCCGUCGCCACUUUCCAACAAAUCGUCGAACCGCCGCUCUAAAACUCAUCCGUGAGACGAUGAAGUCCGAGAAGGAACAGUUGGACAAAAUGUUCGGGGUUCGCGAUUGGUGUAUUCUACUGCACGACGGCCCCCACAACUCUGACCGCAGACCUAGGGCAUACGGUCGGUCAGAGGGCGAUCAUUGGUCCCUAUGGGGCUAUGCCUUCGGACUGAAGCGCUCAACCUUCUACAUGCACGUAUAUGCAGACCAGAGCGCCACGUUCGGCCCCGACACACGUAAGGUCUUUUUUAGGCACCUUUGUCACCUCUUGGGGAGUGGGGAGGUCGGAAUUAUUCGCUUUUUCCCCCCAUUUUCAAGACUUACGUUCAAAUCUAGAUAUCCAACGGCAGCAAAUCUUGAAUCCCGUAGUUCAACGUCAUCUUUUGUGCCAAUUUGUGAAUAA